GGUGGAGAGAGGGAAUGAGCUAUGCAGCACCAGUCCUUGCUGUCUCCCUCUCGCUAAUCUCAGGUGCACCAAAUCCAUGUGGGGAAAAGUUAUCAGCUGGCACCCGAGGCUGUCAGGGAGGGAGAGGCAUUGGGAUUUGUUUGGGGUGGUUUGUUUUGUUUGUUUCUUGUUUUGCUGCUACUGCCAGCCCCAGCCCAGAUGCAAGAGCCCCAGAGGAGAGAGGUUGGAAAGAACAGCUGCUAGGAAGAAAGGAGACAGAGAGUUGAAACUUCUGCUGGGUAGAGAGGAAGGAUGAGGCUGAGGAUCUGGACUGCACAGCUGGAACAUCAGUGACAUCACCGUUUCUCUACAUUCCUAGGACCCAUGUCUGAACAGGUUGCUGCUGUGGCUGGAGGCGUGAUAGGAGGGAUUCUUCUGCUGCUCCUUCUUGGGAUAGCAGUGUACCUCUUUUGGAAGAAUGUCUACCUCAAGGCUACUUAUGAAGAAUUUACUAAUCCUGCUUCCCCAGUUCAGGCAUCAGUUCAUCUGCAAGAGCCAGAUGUUGCCCAAUCAUCUUCAAUAUAUCCUCCAAAUGCAAGAACAAGAAGCGUUCCUUUUAUCGUUCCACCACAAUUUCACAGGCAAGCUUGGACUGAUAUGAUAAAUGGAGAACAAAUUCAGGAGGAUAGUGACCUUUAUGUGACCCCUGACUCUGGGCCUCGAUCCUCUUUCCAUUCUUUAGCUGGUGCAUACCUUGUAGGAUCCAUCAACCCAGAGCUGUACAGAUUUCCUGAAGACAAAAGCGAGACAGACUUCCCUGAGGGCAACAUUGGUCGGCUUUGGUUCUCGGUGGAAUAUGAGCAAGAAUCGGAAAGGCUCGUUGUCUCCUUAAUUAAAGCCCGAAAGCUGCAGCCUCCUUCCAGCUCCUGCAACCCUCUGGUGAAAAUCUACCUGCUGCCUGAUGAAAGGCGCUAUUUGCAAUCUAAGACUAAGCGCAAAAAUCUUAAUCCUCAAUUUGAUGAGAAUUUUGUUUUCCAAGUUUCCAGUAAUGCCUUAUACCAAAGGACACUGAAGUUUUGUGUCUAUCAUGUUGACAAACAGAAGAAACACAUUCUCCUAGGCCAAGUAAUAUUCCCUCUGAAAAAUGAAUCCUUAACUAGUGAAGGCAAAGUCAUCAUUUGGAGAGAUUUGGAAGCCGAUGUCCUUGAGCUGCCUUCUCAACAUGGUGACCUCCAGUUUUCUCUCAGCUACAACAACUAUCUGGGCCGUCUCACGGUGGUUGUACUGAGAGCAAAGGGCUUGAAGCUCCAGAAUGAAAGACAUGCUGUUGGUGUGUUUGUCAAAGUGUCCCUAAUGAACCAUAAUCAAUUCAUCAAAAGCAAAAGGACCAUGGCUGUUCUUGCAUCCUCUGACCCAUUGUACAAUGAGACUUUCAGCUUCAAGGUUGAUCAGCUGGAGCUGGAUACGGCAAGCCUGAGCCUGUCUAUCCUCCAGGAGGCAGAAGGAGAUGAAAACUGCUUGCUGGGCCGUAUAGUUGUCGGGCCCUUCAUGUACACCAGGGGCAAGGAACUAGAACACUGGAAUGAAAUGAUCAGUAAGCCCAAGGAGCUGGUGAAGAGGUGGCACGCACUCUCCCUUAGCACCUAAAGGGGAACAGCUUUCUUGCAAGGGAUACACCUAUAUCUCCAUAUGGGAGUGAAGAACGCUUCUGUGUUACCUCCAGGGCAGGUCCUUCAUAUGUAUUCUCUGCUUAUGUCCAUCACUGAUGUUUGGUGACUUAGUGAUCAAGACAUUGGCAAUGUCACUGAAAGUGCUGGAUCUCAAUCCAACAUGGCACCUCACGUCCACUCAGUUGCACAGUGGAAUUUGAUCCUUAAAAUUAUGGGAACUUCUAAAUCAGUAUGAGAGAGUGUUGGCCAGAUCACUACAUGUACCAUAGGCAUAGACUAUUCAAAUUUGAUACAUUGUUUACCAAACUCAAAAAUUCAUAUCAGUUGGCUGAUCGAUAUACACUUGGACUUAACCAAACAUUGAAAUGAAUUGGCUCAAGUGCACUUAAUUCAUUGUUUGAUUGUGAUUUUGGGGAGUGUUAUAAAUACACACAAGUAAUUUAUCUUCUGCUAAGUUAGAGUCCUAUACCUUACAGAACAAUGUCUUCUCUUCCUUUAAAUAACUUCCUGCAACAUUCCUCUGAAAGUGCAGGUUUCUGAAUAAAACAAAAUGAACCAUAUGAGUUAAAUAUUGCCCAUUAUGUAGCAAAUAAACUCAAGUUUUGUACUUCUAGUAGAGUGCAAUCUACUAAAUACUUCUUCAGAGGAAUUCAAGUAAUUAGUGAAUCUUCUACAGAGUAACUAGCUGGAAAUUUGGAAGCUAAAAUGUUUAUGCUUACUAUUUCUGUUGUGAUAGCCUUUCAUAUUGGACAAAAAAAAGAUUACCACAAGAUCCUCUAUAUUUCCCAGGCAUCUCUUGUGUUAUCAGUGAGAAUGGCUAAAGAAGAGUAGUAAAUGAACUCUCAUGACCACACUUGUGUACUGCUAAGAAAACUAAAUUACUGAUUGAGUUUACAAAGAUCAAUGUCAUUGAUGAAUGCUGCCGACAUUGUGCUUGCCAAGUAAAAGGUGGGAACACUGGGCUGUAUCCAACAAAAAACUUAAUGCAUAUGCGACAGAACUUCUUCUCCCCACCACCACCAUUGGAUGCAACCCUUAGGAACAUAGGAAACUGCUUUAUACAUAGGCUAUGUACACACUUGCUGUUAUGCUGGCUCCAGUGCAUAUCAGUGAAUCUGGGUGCACAUGAUGUUAGCCAUGCUGUGCCCCUUUCUUCUCCCCAAACUCAGAAUUUUUGUAUUUUGAUGCGUUUGCCCUCUGAGACAGCUUCAACUUGAACACUGUUUGACUGAUCAAGCAUUGUGACACCAAUGUGUGUACAAUGGAAACACUUUGCUGGGGGUGGUCCUAAAUCUCUGAAGUCAGCGGGUGGCAGGGUUUAAGCAGAAAGAGACGGCAUCACAAUGUUCAGAGACAGGAAUUCCUAGAGAGACUCCUGUAACAGCUGGAUGCAGUUAGGUUCAAUGGAAGUGCGGGGCUUCUUUAACUCAAUGAUGCUAUAGUUUGAAUUUGCGCUAAUCUUGCAGUGUUGCAAAUCAGGAAGCCUGUGCAGUGACCAAAAGCUGUUUCACAGGAGCCUUUAAUGCACCAGAAGCAGUUGAUUUACUAUUUCUUCUUGAUGGCUCCCGUAGGCUGGGUGCAGUGAGGGCUCAUGGAAGUGGCAAGGGGAAGUGGUCCUUCCAAAAUACAGCAAAUGGAUAAAAAAAGGGAAUGUGAUGCUUUCAUCUCUCCAGAAAGCAGGAGGGAUGAAAGCUUCACCAGUGGGAGCUGGGGUGGGUGGAAGAGUAGGGAAACUGGGGGACAUAUCUAGUGAUGUGUCCCAGAAUUUGCCAAACAGAGUUGAAAUGCAAUGAGAGAAAACAGCCUGUCUGCAUUUUAAGUGUAUAAUGCUUACACAGCCUUAAUCAAACCAAUGGUCCAUCUAGCUCAGUAUUGUCUUCACUGACUGGCAGCAGCUCUCCAGGGUUUCAGGCAAAGAGCUUGUCCCAGCUCUACCUGGAGCUGCUGGGAACUGAACAGGGGACUUUCUGCAUGCAAAGCAGAUGCUCUGUCAUUGAGCUGCUACAGCAGCAGAGACUCUGGAGGUAUUUCUUGAUUCUUCUGAUGUUGUUUCCUGUAGGCUUCACAUCUGUAGUUUGCUAUGUUAGGAAGGAGUGAUAACUGCACCAUGAACUGCUUCUCCUCCCCUAGCAAUGGCAAUUAACCAAUUGUAUAUGAAAGCAAAAUUUAAUAACUUACCUCCGGAUUUGAGGAAGUUAGGAAAUAAUUGAACAUUCUGGGAACAUUAUGAAAGCCAGUUGGUGGUACCACCCCUGCCUUGUUUUGGUUUUGGAAUCUGUCUCAUUUAUAGAAAUCAUUUCCUUCCAUCAAGGAGACCUUUUCUAUUAUCCUAUUAGUCUGAGGCAGCUAGACAGAGCUUCUGUGCUAUUCAUCUCUCUGAAAAGAUGAAUUCUGCUUCAUGUUGGCCGAGGCAUUGUCCCAACAUCUACAGGCAGACUAACAGUGGGAUCCCCUAGUGCAGGCUUGCUAGGCAAUCAGGCUAUGUGAAUGCGUCGUGUUAAUGCAAAAAUGGACACAUUGAAGAAGAAAAGGGAAGUGUUUUUCAACGUUCCUAUUUGAGCCCAGUCUUCCUGUUACAACAAGCUCAGAAACACUCUGGCUGUGACCAUUUGUUAAGUUCACAGGAUCACGUACAAGCAACCUAAAAGACAAAACAGAAAAUUUCAUUUCAUUUCCAUAACUCCCCUGAGUCGAGUUGAACCCGUGAUCUUUUGUAAUCAUUACAGUUAUGCUUCAGAGCAACCGGCAAUGAGCAAAAAAAGAAAACCAGGAAAUGAUUUUAGCUGAAAUUAAACAGGCUUCCCUUUGAAGCAGGAUACAGUGUUAAUUAUGACAAUGCGUUAGAGCUUCCUUACGAAAGUACUUCUUGAUUUCCAUUUUAAUACUAUGAUCUGCAUCUGUCUAAGUUAUAUUCAGAGUAGACCUAGUGAAAUCAAUGGUUAUGUCUAAUGUCCAUUGAUUUUAAUAGGUCUACUCUAAUUUACUUGGAUACAAUCUAUUGUAAAUAUCAAAGGGUAAAAGAACCAUGCGUUACAUUGGCUGGGAUAUAUGCAGUCCCAGUUCAGAGCUAAUGCUGGAUCCUUGCAAACCAUGCUUUUGUAAAUCGAGGGCCAGACUUAGAAAUGGACGCUCCCUUGUCUCUAUGAUUUGCCCCUUUCCUCCUUAACUGCAGUGUUACACAGGCAUCAACCCAAACUAUCAUUCCCUUAUACGCUGAAGGUUGAAACCAUGGUUUGAGAUGGGUUUGCAAACUAUGAAUAUAAGGUAAUUUGGUUUGUAUCAAUGCAUAUGUAACACAAAACUAUGGUGGGAGGAAGCGAAUUGCUCCAAGGGGGUGGGUGGGAGGCAAGACUGCACAUUGCUGAAGCUAGCAUCCAAAUUGCCAACCACAAUUUUUUGGGAGUUGGUGUUAUAUCUCCAUAAUUGCACAGGGUCUCCACAGAGUGUGAAUGAUACAGUUGAGUGUGGUGUGGGAUACACAAGUAUCAAAACAGUUGCUACAUUGACUUAAGUGUGGGGAGAACCAGGCAUCCGACUGGUCCUGCUGUUUUGGCUCAAGUCCCUAGCAAAUCUUUGUUUUCUCAUGGAUUGUUUAGAUCUCUCCAAAUACACACACAUCAAAGAGAAAACAGAAAUCUGGCAAAGCAAGAAAUACACUCUUCCCUAUCUACCUUAUGCCAUUUUAUAAACUUUGGCUCCAAUUGCAUGGAAAGGAUUAAAAAACAUCCAGUCUACCCACCCAUAUCUAUUCAGGGCUUUAGAGGUGGAGCUAGCAAGUUCCAUGCCCCCCCAAAACAAGAUAAAACUAAAAGUGGUUGCACACAAACAACUGACCCCCUUCUGCUUUCCCAACUACAUUAAUAUGCCGCUGAUUGAAAUAGUGAACAAAAUACAUUAUACAGUAGGAGGGGGGGAAAUGAACAGACAAAUGCCUAAGGAUAGAGGAAAAUCUGGCCCUUGUACCAAGAAGGUAAUAAUCACCAGGGCUGUGGAGUCGGAGUCGUGGAAUCGGAGUCGGAAGCAAUUUUGGGUGUUGGUAGAAAUGUACAGACUCCGACUUCAAAAUAAAAACUUUCAUAGGAAUUUAGGAACGUUUUCUUGUUCAGAAAUUUUAAUCAAAUAAAUAUAUUUUAUGUUCUAUCAAUCUAGCCUGAUGAUUCACGUGGUGGUGAUGAAAUGCCUUGUGCUACCAUUUUACUACAGUAAAUUUGUUAUUACUAGUUAAUAUACAUUUGCCAUUUAUGAAGGAGUCGGAGUCAGAGAGUAGAAAAACAGAGGAGUCGAAGGUUUGGCUUACCGACUCCACAGCCCUGGUAAUCACUGCCAGGUGGCCAGGGCCUCACUGGGGAGACCAUAUGUUGAGAAGCUGCUACUGAGAAGGCUCCCUCUCUUAUAGCCACUCUCUGCUCUUCUUCUGGAGGGCCUCUUAUGAUGACCCACAAGUUCACAAUUUUACUUAAUUUUAAAUCAAACUUUUAAAAAAAAAUUACAGGCCCUGUAUGGGAAAGUGAUCUCCACUAUCAGAGGCAGUAUGCUUCCAAAUGCCAGUUGCUGGCAUUCACAAGCAGGGAAGAGUGUGGUUGUGCUCUGGUUCUGCUUGUGGGCUUCCUGUAGGCAUCUGGUUGGCCAUUGUGAGAACAGGAUGCUGGACUAGAUGGGCCACUAGUCUGAUGCUGCAGGCUCUUCACAUGUUCUUAUAACCUAGCUUGGGGAAGGCAUAUAUUGCCUAGGGAGUGAAAACCAAGUUAGUUAAUGUGCUGUUCUUAUUGACAUAGCAAACAAAGAACUUGGCUGACGCUAAAAUGGAACACCAGUCAUGUCUUUGAGUGAGUUAUGCUUUGGCUAUUAUUAGUUUGUAAUGUACUGUAUUUUGUUAAAACAAGUGCUAUGAAGUCUGACAAACAAUGCAUUUCCCGUGUUCCUUCCCAGAUGACUGUAUAUUUGUCUUAUCUUACAUAAAAAAUACG